UCGCACAUGGUUUUAGAAUGUCAACUGUUGUGCAUGCUGCCGUUUUGCAUACCUUUUAGUAUGUCGUCUCUUAUUGCAGACCGAGUGGGCCUAGUAUUUUGUAUUUUCUUUACCCAAGCGUAUGCGUUGCUGCCACCUCCAUGUGACAGUGAAAUUUACUGCACUGGAGAACUGUUGAGACAAGUGCAGACUGCUAAACUUUUUGAUGAUGAUAAGUACUUUGUGGACAUGAAGUUACUGGCAUCCCCAGAUGUAGUGCUUGAAGCUUUUCAUAACUUGACAUUUGGAGUUCAGAAUCAGACAAUCACAUCUUCCAUCCUGAAAGACUUCCUGACAAGGUUCUUUGAUGCCCCAGGGAAGGAAUUUGAGACUUGGACCCCAUCUGAUUGGCAUGAACAACCUCAGCUACUCUCAAAGAUUAAAGACCCAAAGUUGUAUAACUGGGCGGUUGAGCUUCAUCGCCUGUGGAAGUCCCUGGGCCGAAAGAUUGCCAAUGAUGUGAAGGACCAUCCUGAGUUGUACUCACAAAUCUACACCCCUAACCCAGUCAUUCUACCAGGAGGGCGUUUCAGAGAACUCUACUACUGGGACUCCUACUGGAUAAUCAAUGGCCUCCUCCUGUCCGAGAUGACUGAUACUGCCCAAGGGAUGAUCAAGAACUUUCUGUACCUGGUCGACAGGUAUGGUUUUGUUCCAAAUGGAGGCAGGAUUUACUAUGAGCGUCGUAGUCAGCCUCCUUUCCUCACUGUAAUGGUGCUGGAUUACUUUACAGCCACAAAAGACAUCAGUUUCCUGAGGGAAGCUGUGCCUGCUUUACAGAAGGAAUACAACUUUUGGAUGCAGAAUCGUUCCAUCGUAGUUGAAGUGGAUGGAAAUAAACAUAUUCUUAAUCGCUACAAUGUGCAAGUUGGUCAGCCAAGACCUGAGUCCUACACGGAUGAUGUGGAGCUUGCUGAACACAUGUCAGAGGUGGACAAGGAAAGGUUAUUUGUAGAGCUGAAGACAGGAGCAGAGUCUGGUUGGGACUUCAGCUCACGAUGGUUUGGUGGCAACAAGGACUCCAAUAGUGCCACCCUGAAAGACAUCGACACCUCAUCCUUUGUUCCAACUGACCUCAAUGCCCUCAUGUGCCUCAAUGAGCGCACACUAGCUCAAUUCCAUCGUGAACUAGGAAAUGAUGCUGAAGCUCAGUACUAUUCCAAAGCAUACACUAAUCGACUUAAUGCAGUAAAGGCGGUGCUGUGGAAUUCAGAGAAGGGUGUAUGGUUUGAUUACAGCUUGCAGACCAACAGCAGCAACUUUGCUUUCUACCCAUCAAACUUGGCACCCCUUUGGGCACACUGCUUCAAUGACAGUGAUAUGCCCCUCAGGGCUUUCGAAUACCUAAAGGGGACUGGAGCACUGAACUACCCCCAUGGUGUUCCCACCUCUCUCCACAACAGCGGAGAGCAAUGGGACAUGCCAAAUGCCUGGUCCCCACUACAACAGAUGCUCAUCAAGGGUUUAUCUGAAAUCCCCUCAGAAGAACCUAAAGAACUGGCAUUUGAGCUUGCCCAGAAGUGGAUCCAAACAAACUGGGCAGCCUAUUCAACUUAUGAAGCCAUGUUUGAGAAGUAUGAUGUCAACGCUGGAGGAAAGCCUGGUGGGGGAGGUGAAUAUGAAGUCCAGCUGGGCUUUGGUUGGACCAAUGGUGUUGCUCUACAGCUCUUGAAUGACUAUGGCGAGAGGCUAACCUCUGCAGCAGCUGAUCUGAACGGCUUUAGACUGAUCUGGACUCAGUCACUGUUCUUCACCAUACUCCUCCUGCUCCUGCUGCUGUAGGGAUGCUCAUGAUGCCAGAGAGAUGUUCACAAUGUCCCAUUACAAACACCAUGAACACGACCAACAACCAGUUGUCUAUUUUUUUGUUCCCCUUCACCUCAUCAUUAUUAGAAACAAAAUUAUACUCAACAUAUCAAUUGUUCAUUCAAUGCAAUAAAG